AUGUUGCCAUACAUGGGCCACAAUGGAAUGUAUGACCUGAUCCCCUCGCUCUCCUCAUCCACUGGUAUCAACAACAAUGAGGACAAGAAGACCAUCUGUCUAUCCUUCCUCAAGUACUACUUCAAGGUCAACCCCGCCCUCACCACCCCAACCCUCCGUCGCUCUCUGAUCCUUUCACUCUACGUCAACAAGAUCGCACCAGAGUUGAGGUACCGUCGCCCCAAUGACAUGGCCAAUCUCUGUGUCGUACUCUAUGGAUACCUAUUCUCCACCCUUGAUGAUGCUACAAUCAAGGAGUUCAUCCAAACAUGUUCGGCCAACCAGCAGAAGAACAAGAAGGAUGAGAAGAAGAGGAAGAGAAAGAACAAUAGGGAGGACUUGAAUGAUCGCCCAAUGAAGUCACCUGUCCAGCGUGCCGAGAGCGGCUCCAACAGCCAGACAGUGGACUCAAACGCCAGUGACUGGCAAUCAUCUGCCUCGCCAGACAACAACACUUCAUUGUCUCCUCAGACCAACAAUGUCAGCGGCACUGGCAAUGUCUCCCCUUCCACAGUCCACGAGUCCACCAAUGACAACAACAACUCUGACAAGACCAUUGACUUUGACUCUGAGGGCUCGCUCUCCUUGCAUGAUGCCUUUGUCAACUGCCUCAAGUCCUGCACUCUUCUGCCCUUCCUCGAGUUUGCUCCGGUCCACACGCUCACCCCGCCCAUGGACCUGCCCAUCACCGACUACUACUACAGCUACGACGACCUUGUGCGCUGGGAGAACGAAUUGAAGGACAUGAAGCUGAUCUCCAAGCAGCCCCAGUCCUUCCAGUCUGUCCAGCAGCAGCAGGUGCAGCAACAGCAAUUGCACUUCCAGCAGCAACAGCAGUUGCAGCUCAGGUCACAACACCUCCAGCAACAGCAACAACAAGUGCAGGCACUCCUCCAGCAGCAGCAACAGCAGGCCAUUCAGCAGCAACAACAGCAACAGGCAAUCUACAAUGCCCAGGCGCAUCAGCAGGCUGCUCAGUUCCAGCAACAACAAGUCCAGCAGCAGCAGAUGUUGCAGAUUCAUCAGCAGCAACAACAUCACCAGCAGCAGCAACACUCACCGCCACCCCAACAACAUGUGUUGGAUGAUGCCAGCAAUGGGAUCAUGACCAAUGUGAUUGAGAAUGAGGAGUCAUUCAUCAUCUACGUGACCAUCCCGCACUCUCGUCCAAACAGUCUUCGCGUCACUGUCAACCAGCGUGAGGUAUUGGUCGAGGGCACACUCUCAUUGCCAGACAGCAUCUUCUUGCCCAAUGGCAGCGAGAUGGUCAUUCCAGUCAGCAUCAGCAACAUGUUCCAACAGCAAGAGUUCUCCGUUGGCACGUUCAAGAAGCACAUCCAACUUAGCGCACCAGUGAGCUCCUCAGUCGUUGGCAAGAAGGAGGGAGUCGUAGUGAUCAUUGCCAGGAAGGACCUUACCUACAAGUCAUUCCAUUAA